AUGGGUGUAUCUCAUAUGUGUAUAUCAGUACUAGCAGAGCUGCAGUUAGAUUCACUUGAGGAUAUUUUGUUUCUAAUGUGUCUACAUUGUGGAGAUGUUAUUUCAUUUGGACAUGUUGUAUGGGACGGUGCGUCAUUAAUCCUAGCUUGCAGAAAUGUUAAAAAAGGUUUAGAUGCAAAAGCAGAAAUAUUACAGAAGGUUCAGAAUUAUAACGGGCAGAUAUUUGUAAAACAUUUAGAUCUGUGUUCUAUUCCGAAUAUUGUCAAGUUUACCGAGAAUAUAAAAAGCGAAUUCAAAGAAAUAUUUGCUCUGGUGAAUUGUGCAGGAGUAUUUUACCAUCCUCAAGGUUUAACUGAAGAUGGGUUUGAAAUUACCUUACAAACUAAUUAUUUAGGACCUUUUAUAUUAACUCAUCAUCUACUGGGAUUAUUACAAAAUUCAGUUCAUGCCAGAAUAAUUAACGUUUCUUCAGAGGCCCAUAGAAAUGUUAAUAUAUAUGAUUUAAAAGCAAUCACAAAGUGCCAAACUGAAUUUAGAUCUCACUUUAUUGCUUAUGGAGUUUCAAAAUUAGCUCUCAUUUUAUUUACAAAGGAACUGGCAAAGAAACUCACAAACACCAACGUAUUGGUAAAUGCAGUUAACCCUGGUAAUGUAGAAACUCCAAUUUACAGACACUUCCCGCCACUUUCAAACCCCUGGUUCUACGCCGCCCAGUGGCCAAUCAGGAUAGUCGGUGUCAAAAGUCCGAAACAGGGCUGCCAAACACUACUUCAUGCUCUCCUAACCUCAAAUCGCUCAACAGGUCAGUACUAUAGUGAUUGCAAAUCCUGCUUACCUAGCCCUAUAGCCGGUAACGACAAAAUAGCCGCAGAAUAUUAUAACCUCACUCUAGAAGUCUUGGCUGAUUGGUUAAAUACAGAAUCUGAGUGUUAGGACACAAAAUGGAGGAGUGGAUAUCACCAGAUGAUAA